UUUGGUUGUUGGACUAUAUUUGCAGGAUUGUCUUAUUAUUGAUUGAACAUACUAGACGACAAGCAUUGAAUCAAUAUCAUCAAGAGAGGAUUUUCGAUUUUUCUACGAUGGCUGAUUUUCUUUGUCAUCCGCCUAACCAAAGCAUCAGACGGGACAGCGGCGGGGUACUUCAGGCAGCACAGGGUCUAAUCGACUCAGCUUGGUCGUUGUAUGGAGAGUUAGAGACUGCUCUACCCGAGUUUGUCAAAUCAUUAGAGACAAGUCUUCAAAUCCUCCGCCAGAGCCUCGGGGAUGGAGUCAAGUGCCUUAAAGUAGAGAGCGAUAUGUCGAAAGCCUCUCGCCAGAUGUUGGAACAGCUCCCACCCAUCAUAUGCGAUAUUGGCAGACAUACAUUCACCAUGGCAACGAGUGAUGCCAGUAGAGAGAGUUUUCUUCUUCCGGAUAGCACUUUAGCUCUUCAGGUUAAAACAAGGUUAAGAGAUCUGAACCGUGUCGCCAAGGGAUUGUCUGCUGAGCUGUCGACAAACGACAAACGAAGAGCAAACACGAGAUUAUCACACGUAGAUACAGAAGAAGUGAAAAACUUCUGGGAAAUGAUUUUUGAUGACAGAGAAGAGAUUGAAUUGGCUGAAUUCUAUGAGAAAAUAAGCGCCAUCAUCGGUAGGGAACCAAGAUGCCCUCUUGAAAGACUUGGCUCUUUCUUUACUUGUGACUAUGUGGACCCUCUAAAUUUCGAUCGGUUUGUCAAAAUUGUUGACGCAAACAACGUGCAAACAGCUCAUGACAAACUGCUCAUGGGGUCUGCCAUCAACGUUUCCCAGUUCCUUAAGAGCCAGAUCAGGAUUGGUCACUUGAGAGACGCGAUACCACAAGGAGACUCAAACGAACCAAUCAGGGCACUCGACGCAAGGAGGCGGACCUCGAGCAAUGACUCCUUGACAUCGCCACACCUCGGGUUGUCUCCCAAGAAUGAGAACGGUAAUGAAAGCAUUACGUCAGUACUCAGCAAUCAUUCUGAUGUUUCAAGCUCAGCCUGGUUGAAGAUCAAAGUGGAAAACUGGUUCAGAGAGGUGGAUCGUCUUUACAGGUUCUUUCACGGUGACAUACCCAAAGACGACGCUGAGGCCCUUCUGAGAGGGCGCCUUCCAGGGACAUUCUUGCUCCGUUACAGCUGUACCAAUCCCAGCCGUCUCUGUGUGUCGUUCGUCUACUCAGUCGAUAGCAGUCCCUGGAAGGAGGAGGUCCAUCGGCGUGACGUCAUCGUUCAUCAUGAACUCAUCUGUACAAAUGUCAAGGGAAUUAUAAGCCCAAGACAAGGAGGUGAUAUCAGAAGGCGAUUUAGUGGUGAUGAUCUCAGCCCGCGAAGAGAGAAGAAAGCGGUACUGAAUAGCCAAAAAGCAUUUAGUGCGCUCCACCACGUGAUGAAGUCAGGUGCCUUGCUCGAGGAGAGUCUCAAAUCCCCGGGUUCAUUCCUUCCCGGUUUACAAAGAUGAUCACCGCUUCAAAAUCGGGCUGAAUGUCAAUGGAAUUAUAAAAAAAGUAGGGGCGAAAUUAACCAAGGUUAACUUACUAGAAUAAUGCCAAAUGUAACAGUUUUGUAAUGGUACUGUAUUGAAAUAUUUAUUAAACUAGAUAUCAUUCAUAAAAUAUAAUUUGAUAAUUUAAUUUAUUGCCCAAUUAACAUGAUUAAGUUAAUACAAAAUAAAACAAAAUACGUUCAACUUCAAAUGGAAAGGGCGAAAUAAAUUUGUCAUUACAAAUAUGAUAAUGUAAGACUGAAAUUAGGCGGGAUACUAGACACGAAUAAUUUUGUAAUACAAAAUAAUGCCCUGAAUAUUGCUUGGUUAAAAAAUCAAUUGCGACAUGCUACCCCAAAUCCAAAAAUAAUUCGCCUAAAACUAAUUUUGAGAUAUUUAUUGAGCUUGAUAAAGCACGUUCUAAGCUUUAAAAUGAUUUAGUACUUCCCAAAAUUUAUCAAGAGCAAAAUUAGUAUUUUAUUGAAUGUAGAAGAAAUUCGGUGAGAUUUUUAAAGAAUGAAGAGAAACAAGGUAUAAAACUUGGGGUUCAUUCAAGCAUGAGACGAGACGUGCACACUGUGCAAUCUUUAUCAUACUUCCGUGAGACACUUCAAAAUCCCGGUGUUGAUUUAACACCAGCCGGGUAUCUAUAUCGGCCCACACCAGAGAAGAGUUGAAACAACACCAGUUAAAAAUCAAACUGAUAUUGGUUUAACACUAAUUGGUGUUGCUUAAAUGCCAAAUUGGUGUUAGCCUUACACCAAUCCCUUGUUGUUUCAACAUCUCUCUGGUGUGGACCGAUAUAUAUAUGCCAGGCUGGUGUUAAAUUAACACCGGCUUUUUUGCAGUGUAUCUGGGGGAAACAAAUGGGUUUUAAAAACUCCUAUAGCUCGUUAUUAAACUUUGCAACUUCAUUUUUGACAGUAUGAAAAAGAAGAGUUACUCUUAGAGAUAAGCUCAUUUUCACAUUUUUAAAGACUUUUAAAGACUGAAUCAUUGUUUGAUACAUUUACAGAUAACCUUCCCUGGCGAUUUAGUAUUGGUUUUGGAGUGGCUAGUCACAUUUGAUAAAACAAAAAUAACACAAUUUUAUAUGGAAACCUUGAACAAUGCUCAACUUCAAUUACUUUAAACAAAAUGAACCUUGUCGUAAAUUGUCAUUUUAAAAAAUGGACAAAAGAAUGUGAACCGCAUGAUAUAAACAUCGUCAUAGUUUAUCAUUGUGUUACAGCUUGAAAAAAUGUUUAAAUUUCAAAGAAAGUCUUGAAAUUUCUAGUAAAAGAAGUUACCUUUUGUAAAGAGACCUAUCUGAUAAGGUGCAGAAUGCUUUCGGAAUUGUAAAAAGAAAAUUAAUUGAGGGUUAUAAUGAAUAUUCCGGAUAAUUAUGUAAACCGAACUUUCACUUCAUUGCAUUUUCUUUUUCUCUCAGUUGUCUUGCAAUGUGUAGGCACAUGUUUUCUGAUCAAAUAUCAAUUAUUGUACAUGUUAAAUCAUUUACUCUAUAUAAUCUACUGAACAAGUGAACAGUGAUGAUGUAAAUAUAAGAACAUACAAAUAAAAAAAAAGGUUUAUUGACUUACU